AUGUUACCCUCAAAAUCCCUUAUCCGUUUUCGAUCAGUUUGCAAAUCAUGGCAUUCUCUCAUUUCUUCCCCCGAAUUCAGCCCAACUCAUCUGCACAAUUUCAAUAAAUUCAACUCUCGCAAUCUUGUUCGAUGUUGUCUAUGGACAGAGAAAAAGGAAGUAUACACAGUCCAUCACGAUGAUCAACAUCUUACUCUUGAUGCCCCCAUUGAUUUCCCCUUCAAUCUUCUUCGUGAUGAAUAUGGAACCAUCUUUUUUACACUCAUCGCGUGUUGCAAAGGCGUUGUUUGCCUCUAUAAUGAAAGAUCCCCAAAAAAUGAAAUCCUACUUUGGAAUCCUUCAAUUAGAAGGAAAGUAACCCUAACUCCUCGUUCAUAUAGGUCGGAACUUACUCUCGUUUUUGGGUUUGGGUAUUGUGCGAAUUCUAAUGAUUAUAAGGUUGUGAGAUUCGCAUAUGAUCGUAGCAACUUGAUCGAUAGACCUGAGGUUGAGAUUUACUCUGUGAAAACCGCGAUAUGGAAACCGAUCGGGUUCCCUCAAGACUCUAUGUGCUACCAUAUCCUUAGCGACUGCUCACAAGUCUUUUUCAAUGGAUCUAUUCAUUGGUUAGCAACCGAUUUAGGAGUUUCACAUUGCUCAAUCCUAACAAUGGACUUGAGUACAAAUCUUUUUGGGGAAAUCCAAUUGCCUGAGUAUCUAGUGAACUACUCGUCAAUGGGAGUGACUUUAACGGUUGUUGGAGAUUCUUUAGGUGUGAUUUAUUCAAACCGUUGUACAGUUGUGGGUUCAAGCACUUAUAAGAUAUGGGUUAUGAAGGAGUACAAGAAACCGGCUUCAUGGACAUUGAUAUAUGAUGUCCAUUAUCCGGAUACGGAUUUAGGGAGACCUUUGAAAUUAAGACAUAAUGGGGAUUUGGUAACUGAAUCACGUCGAUGCAAUUUAUCGAUUUAUAAUCGUGAGGCGAGGUGUUAUACGGUUGAUGGGUGUUGUAGCAAAGGUGUUAAAUUGUGGUCGAUUUCUAUAGACAAAUACGAAGAGAGCCUGGCAUUGUUGGAUGCAAGUGAUGGUAAUAAUGAAGAGUGAUUGGCAAGGUAUGAAGUAUUGUAUAUUUUAUGUGUGUUUGUGUAUAUGGUUAUUGUAUUGUAAUGAUUUGGCAGUAAACAUGGUUUGUUUGUGUAAGAAAUUUAAGUCAGUUGGCUUGUGUUUGAAUGUGGCUUGGCUUUGUACACAUCCAUUUCCUUAUUCAU